CUCAUAUAAAAGGAACUGACACCCACUCUUUCUGGUCCCUCAUACUCUUCCUUCUUUCUUUCCAGUAGCCCCACCCUAUUGUAAUAUUCUCUGCACAUACUCCUGUCAAUCCUGUCAAUCCUCUCAAGCCAGCACUUUCUCUCUUCAUACCAUCGCACCAUUGAUCCAACUCAUCCACUAUUUCCACUAUUUCCACUAUUUCCACUAUCUCUACCUCAACCCUUGUAAAUUUGUAAAUACAUCUCCCCGCAAUCAUGUCUAACCAGGUCGCAGCAGCCGAAACCUCCCACCGCAAUGUCCCCAUUGCAGACAGCGGUGCCAAGAUUCCGCAGCAUAUCAAGCAGGUCGACCGCAACCAAAAAUUCAAGCUCUUCGAAUGUCUCCAAGCACUCGUGAAGGGCCGUCUCCCGACGAACGAACAGAUCGACCACUUCCUCGCCAUGGCCCAGAACUCGCCCACUCUCGACGCACGCGCACACAUGCUCUCUGCCGACGGACGCGCCCUCUACAAGGACUUCCAGGAGCUCAUGCGCAUAACCCGUGGCGUCGUCUACGAGAAGAACGAGCAGGAGCUCUUCCAGAACUUCAUCUAUCAUUGCACCCAGGCCUCAGACUCUGUCUCUUCCAACGUUGAUGCACCCCGUCUCGAUGUCGGUGUCUCCGCGAACACUGCCAAGAAGGAGGGCAAGCAGACUCUCGACGAUAUGGUCGCGGUCGCCAAGCUGGUCACCACCAACUCUGAAUUCAGAUCUAUCCUGAACGAGCUCUUCCAGUUGGCUAGGGAGGUCUUUAGCGACAGUGCCAACAAGGUCGCCCAGAAUGCCCAGACUGCUGGUGACAAGAUGGCAUCCGCCUCUGCAAAUUUCUCGCAAAGUGCCGCCCAGGCCUCCCAGACUGGUGGUGCCAGGCUCCAGGAGGGAAUCUACAGGGCCACAGACAGGAUCCAAAAUGUCGCUGACGAUGCUCAGACUGACCCUAUGGUCACUGCCCGUGGUGCUCGUGAUGACCUUAUCGGUCAGAAGAACCAGGGCAUGGAAGCCGCCAGAAAUCAGGUCCAAGAUGUGAGGCAACAGAUGGCCCAGCAGACCGGGGCCUUCAAGCAACAAGCUCAGGCUCAGGCUCAGCAGUCCAAGGAAGAUGCCAUCAAUUACGCCAACACCAAGAUGCCAGCAGAGAAGCGUAGCGAGUUGAUCGAGAGACUCAAGGUGAUCCUCGGACAGGUUCAGGCUGAUCCUCAGUACCAGAAGGCUAUUGACUCUGUCAUGGACCUCUUCGGCACAUGGCGCCAGCGCGCCAAAAAUCCCGCUGGUAACAUCGCCGGCGAAGCAAGCAAGGUUACCAAUGACUCCAACGUUGAGGCUGCCAUUAUCGAGUUCAAGGUCAUCCUUCAGCGUUGGGCCCAGGGUUAUACCUUGGAUCCCAUGAUCGAAUUGGUCCAGAGUAUGUGGCACAGAACUAUGGUCGACCCCGACCUGAGCCAGUUCGUUGACCAGCUCUCGAUCUUCAUGUCGAAGGCUGUUCGUGAGCCCAACUAUGUCACUUCAGAUGCGAUCAACAGCGAUGCCUCGACUCUGAUUGACCAUGGCCAGACCUUGUUGAAGGUCAAGUACAGGGCCGACACUGAGGCCUUGUUGAACGAGGGUCAGAUCUUUAUCGAGAAGUUGAACAAUGACCCCAAGUCCAGGGAGGUUUCCGCUCAGUUCCAGAAGUUUGCCAGCGACCUCUUCUACGACAAGCACGGAAAUAUGCAAUUCAAGCCGCAUUUGUUUGACGACUUCCGCUAUGUCUUGAUGCCCUCGAUGUUGGAGUCCUUCCGCUUCAUCCCCGUCCCCCGUGUGGAGUACUCGGAUCUGAAGGUCGACCUCAUGUUUGACAACAUGAUCGUCACCAGCACCGAUCUGUUGCCCCGUCUGUUCGAGAUGCACAUCAACAACACCAUUCGUAUGGCCCCCCGCGGCAACGCCAACCGUUCCCACGACACCAACAAGCACGAGUUCGACGUGCUGCUCGAGGGUAUCGAGGCCAACAUCCGCGAUGUCGAUUACUACGUCAAGACCAAGGAAGGCUUCCGCUUCCAGGACCGUGGUAUCGCCGACGUCUUGAUCAACAAGAAGGGUAUGGAUAUCCGUAUCAAGGGUAGGAAGACGACCGAUGACAAGAACAACAACACCACUGAAGUACCGUCGCUUAUCACCCUUGAGAGUGUCAACGUCAAGAUCCACGCCUUGUCGAUCAAGAUGCGCAAGUCGAACCACCCGAUCAUGUAUGCGUUCGCUCAGCCCUUCAUCAAGACUGUCGUCAAGAACGCUAUCGCUCAUGCGCUCGAGACUCAGAUUAAGGAGGCCAUGGUCUCCGGUGACAGGGCCGCUGCGACCUCGCUCCGCGACUCCCGCAUCCGCACUGGCAAGAACACGUUCGGUGCCCUGUUCGAUUCCGCUUCGUCGUUUGUGUCGAACAAGGUCAGCCCUGACGAGAAGACCAAGGCCAAGAACGAGCGCAGGAAGAAUACGGGCCAGUACAACCGUACGUCGCGUGUCAUCUUUGACGAGGAUGGUCUGUGCGUCCUUGACCCUGUCAAGCACAUGGAGCUUAAGGUUGGACAGCCCUUGAAGGAGGAUCCCAACAGCAUGCCCGUUGCAGCUCCUUGGGCCAGCUCCGCGUUCAAUAUGGAUGAGGAUGAUAUGCGUCUGAGGGAGCACGAUCAGCACCUUCCAGGCAUGCGUCGUACCCAGGGCACCCUUGCCAUGUAAAUUGUCGACAGUCAAGGAAAGGAUCCUUAUCUCCACUUCAUCACUCCUUUCGAUUUUUUCUUUUAUAUUUUUCUUUUCUUUCUUUCCCCCCCUCCCCCUCCACCACUAAUGUCGUAUUCAACACUGUCAAAUAGCAGAUAGUAUCAGAUAGUACCAACAUCUGCAAUGAAAAUUCCAUGACUAUUCAGUC